CCGAUUUUAGAUCUCAAACUCUCGUUUGUAAAAAAAACAAUUUAAAAAACAAAAACAAAAUUCAAAUGACACAUGUCACUCUUAAAAUUCUCAAUUGACUUCUGCUUUAUAAUAUAAAGGAUUUCCCUCUAAACUUUUACCAAUCACAUCCUAAGACGUUAUCAUAGAGUAUGUAUGAACUGAAUAAAACAAAAUGUCUAUAUAAAUUAAAAACUCGUAGGUGACCAACUUCUCCUGACUCAUAAAACACCUUUCCCUCUCCUAUCACUUCAUCAUUAUCAAAAUCGUUCACAAAAAAGAUUUGAUGGAGAAUAAGAAUAAGAAGAACGGAGAAGAAGAAUGUUCCAUAGACGGAGACAUACUCGCCUCCAUCCUCUCCAACUUGCCCCUCCUCGACCUCGAUUCCGCCUGCCACGUGUCCAAAUCCUGGAACCGCGCCGUCUUCUUCUCCCUCCACCGCCUCAAGCCCACGCCCUGGCUCCUCCUCUACAAACAGAGGAAAAAUCCACCGUACACCACGGCGGCGACGGCGAUGGCGUACGAUCCAAAGUCCGAUAACUGGAUCGAGAUCAAAACCGCAUCCCCCGUCGAACACGUGUCCGACGCCCGAUCCUCCCACUCCACGCUGCUCUACGCGCUCUCGACCAGGAGACUCUCCUUCUCCGUCGACGCGUUUCACCUCGAAUGGCGACACGUGGCGUCGCCGAAGAUCUGCAGGAUCGAUCCGAUCGUCGCCGUCGUGGGACGGAGUCUGAUCGUGGCCGGUGGCGUGUGGGAUUUCGAGGACGAUAGACUCGCCGUGGAGAUGCUCGACGUCGGAUCCGGCGAAGAAGAAGCGUGGGAGAGAUGCGAGUCGAUGCCGGAGUACCUCUCGGGAUCCGAAUCCUCCACGUGGCUCUCCCUCGCGGUUUGCGCGGGAAAGAUGUACGUGACGGAGAAGAGAUCAGGUGUUGCUUGUAGCUUCGAUCCCAAGACGAGAUCGUGGACGAAACUUGUCGAUUUCUCUCCCAGCGAGUGUGGAUUACUACACUCGCGCGUGGUUGGAUCCGACGGUAACCGUCUCCUCGUGGCUGGGAUCACGGGAGACGAUACGGAUAAUCCGACGGGGAUCGAACUGUGGGAAGUAGUUUCCACCGAAUCAUCGCCGAUGGAUUCGAAAUUCGAAUGGAUUGGAUCGAUGCCUAAGGAGUGCUUUGAGAAACUCAGAGGGAUUGGUUAUGGUUGGCCGUUAACGGCGAUAGCGUUUAACGCGGUUGGAGAUAUGGUUUAUGUGCAUAACGCGGCGGAGAUUGGGGAGGUUGUAGCGGCGGAGAUGGAAGGAGGAAAGCUCUGUAGAUGGAGGACUCUGCGUAACGAAGAGGCUAGAGGUGACGCGGGAGAGAGACUUAUCGUUGCGUGCUCGAACGUUAGUUUUAGCGAUUUGAAACGUGCGUUUAGAGAUGACUUGAGUUUCUCCGUGCUAGUGUGAACGUAGAAUAUUGAGUUAUUCAUGCUGUAUGUUUUAAAAAUUCAGAGUUUACAAGUCAAUGUCCACGUUAUUUUAAUUUUUAUUACAACAACCCAACUUUAAUAAUGUAUUUUAUAAUACUAUUGUAUUAAUGCUCAAUAGUUUGAAGUUGUUACGUGG